CCAAGGUGAAGGUCGCUAAGGAUGAAUCAUGGCUGAAACCAGUUGAUGAUUUCCUGACGAAUAAAUGGACCUGUUGGUGUACAUUUAAGAUGUAGAAGACCAGAAAUAUUGCGAGUGUCUAGCAAAGGUACCAAGCAGACUUGCCAACAAUGGAGAGCGCUAUUUACCUCCCAUUGUUGCUGUGCUUCUUUGUUUUCCUAUGCAAAGCUGAAAACAAAGUCAUUAAAAGUCGCAGAGGAAGUGUAGUAACUUUACCAUGUGAUCAUGGCGGCAUCAACAGGGCCAACAUUGAUCAAGUCCUAUGGUUCAAAGGGACUCAGUCUCUUCUUUCCUGGUCAAAUAUAGGUGUCACUAGCACUGCUGGCACUGACCCGAAAGCCCAAGAAAGGAUUACCAUCAUCGAGGCAGAUUUCUCGCUGAGAUUAAAUUCUGUGGUGAUGGAGGACAGUGGACAGUACAAGUGCUACGUGGAGUAUACUAGUGGCAAUGAUACACUGAUGGCGAACUCGACACUACUGCUCACUAUACAAGAUGUGCCAAGCCCACCAGGGAAACCAAUAAUAUCGAACAUCCAGUCCAGGUCCUUUCAUGUGACAUUCACAGCCAGUGCACUAAGUAACAACAGCCCAAUUAAAUAUUACAAUGUCCAUGUCAUACAGAGGGGCGGAAAUUGGGAAAACGCCAUCUCCUUCCAGGUGCAUGCCACCUCCAACCUGUCAAAUAUUUUGAUAUCGUCUGCUGGUAUCAUCAGACCGUACAGAAAUUACGUGGUCCGCGUUUCCGCCAUCAAUGAAAUAGGGAACAGCAGCGCCAGUGAGGAGACUGAAGUUCAGACGGCUGAGGACGAGCCGCUCGCUAAGCCCACCAUCCUUGAAAUACGUAACCUGACGAAUUCGUCAGUCCAGCUUCACUGGCAGGAUCCGUCACCCGACACCCUGAACGGGGAACUCCUGGGGUAUAAGAUAGUGUAUAAGCGCCACCCAGAGGGGAACCUGCACCCAAUUACGGUGCCUAACCCAGAUGAAAAGUUCUGUAAUAUAACCCACCUGAAGCCGCACACAAGGUACCUGGUCGCUUUGCAACUCUAUAACAAGGCAGGAGAGAGCCCAAAAGCAGAAGAGAUAUUUUUAACAGACGAGGGAGUCCCAAACAGACCUCGUAUAACCGACAUCAGUAAUCAGACGUCUACGUCUUUUGUCGUGGCCUGGGUAAUACCCACAGAGCCUAACGGGAUCAUUACAAGUUACAAAGUACGUUGGAAUGAGACCGACUCCUCAGGGAAUAGGAUUGGACAAACCAAGGCGGAAACUAUUCGUGUAGAGGAGGGGUUUAAACCUACGAUGAAGAUAAGAUGGCUGAAACCAUACACAGACUAUACAGUGAGAGUGGUAGCUCAUACAUCUAAGGGGGAAGGAGAAGAGAGUGUACAACAAAGCGUGAUCACAGAUGUUUCAAAUCCAGGACGCCCACAAAGAGUACUGGUCAAGCAGAAUGAGACGGGAAGUGUCCUGCUGACGUGGCAUUCCCCAAUUUCCUUCACUCGUCAUAUCGACAGAUAUUUAAUCAAGUACUAUAAGGAAGAAGAGGGCGCAUUAGGAGCCGUAGAGAAGACGCUGGAUGUUAACCCGGAGAGGAGAGAGGACGCAAGAAAUGAGCCAGAAGAAUUUGCUCUGCAUGGCUUGGAAGAAGGGGUGGUGUACAAGUUCAGUGUGGCUGCAGCAACAAAGAGCUUGUUUAGUUCUGAGUACAAGAUAGGCCAGUACACUGUACCUGUGACACUAACACUGGAGGGGAAAAGAAUUACAACAGAUGCCCCAGAACCUGCCAUGGGUCUAGCUGCUAUCCUUGGAGUAAUUGCUGCAGUAGCAGUGAUUCUCAUUGUCCCCAUUGUAUUAGCAAUUGUCUUCCUACUGAGACGUAAGAAAAAUUACCAGGAAACGACUACCAAGGGGUCAGAUGACAAUAUAUCACAGCCUUUACUACUUAUGGAGUUGUAUGGAAGAAGCAAUUACGAAAGUGUCAGCAUUGAGAACUGGGCAGACCAUGUGAGGAAGAUGCACGCUGAUGGGGAUCUACGUUUCUCUGAGGAAUAUGAUGACAUCAACAACAGUGUGAACAAGAAUAUCACUCAGGACGCGGCAUACAUGGACGAGAACAAGCCUAAGAACAGAUACGUCAACAUUUUGCCAUUUGACCAUACUAGGGUAGUGCUAAAGCCAAUGUCCAAACAUAAUGACUACAUUAAUGCCAACUUUGUUGAUGGUUACCACAAAGCCAAAGCCUAUAUAGCUACCCAAGGGCCACUGCCUAAUACAUUUGAGGAUUUCUGGAGAAUGGUGUGGGAUCAAAACUCUGUCAUCGUAGUUAUGAUUACAAACCUGGAAGAGAAAGGAAGAAGGAAGUGUGACAAAUAUUGGCCAAAUGAGGUGGGGCACACUGAGACUUAUGGGAAUAUGCAAGUGGAGUACCUGGAUGAAGACGAGCGUGCAUGCUACACCAUACGCAAAUUCUGUCUGCGAAAUCAAAAAGCUAAAAGAGUUAGCACAAGAGUGAAACAUUCCGCAUUUGAGCGUAUUAUCUACCAGUAUCACUAUACAGACUGGCCAGACCACGGGGUCCCAGACUACACACUACCCGUGUUGACGCUGGUCCAGAAAUCGUCGCGUCAUAAUCCUGAAGGGGCAGGCCCUAUCAUUGUACACUGCAGUGCCGGAGUUGGUAGAACUGGCACGUACAUAGUUUUAGACAGUAUGAUACGACAGAUUCUAGACAAGCGAACUGUGAAUGUGUGCGGUUUCCUCACACACAUCAGGCACCAGAGGAGCUUCUUGGUGCAGACAGAGGACCAGUACAUUUUCAUUCAUGAUGCCUUGUUGGAGUACAUUCAAAAAGAUGGUGACACAGAGGUUCUUAAUUGUAAACUUAAAGAAUUUGUAGAAGAAAAUCUGACAUUUUGCAAUGCAGAAGGAGAAUGUUUACUUGACAGGCAAUAUCAGCUAGUAACAGAAUACAAACCAAAAGACCACGAGUUUUCUCCUGCACAUAUGAUAUAUAAUAAGAACAAAAAUAGGUCAGAACGGCUUUUGCCAGUGGACAAGAGUAGAGUUCAUCUCCCAAAGCAGCCUGGCAUAGACGGGUCAGACUACAUCAAUGCAACGUUCCUGCAGGGCUAUUUCAAAAUCAAUGAGUUUGUGAUCACCCAGCACCCCCUGGGGACCACCCAGGAAGACUUCUGGAGGAUGGUCUGGGACCAGAACUCAGCCACCAUUGUGAUGCUCUCGGAGGUCACUAAAGACGGGGAAUUUCCUGAAUUUUGGCAAGGCAAGGAUGAAACCCAAGAAAUAGACAGUGGAAACUUCAAGGUGACUCAGACUGGGGAGGAUUUCUCCCAAAUUCACAACAUUACCAGAGAUUUCCUGAUUGAGUCUAAACAGGAUGACUACGAACUCACUUCGCGUAUUAUCUCUACGACUGCUUGGCCUGAGAGUUGCACUCCUCUGCACACAGUGCUGGAGUUCAUUGACACAGUUGAUAGCUGGCACAAGGAGCACCAGAAUGGACCAAUUAUAGUUAUAGACAAAGAGGGUGGAUCAGUGGCUGGCACUUUCUGUGCUCUUUACUCCCUGAACAACCAGAGAAAACAUGAGGAUGGGGUGGAUGUCUACUCCCUGGCUAAAACGUACCAUCUGAUGAGACCUGGGAUAUUUUCAUCAAAAGACGACUACCACUUUCUGUACAAAGUAAUGGGCAGUAUUGUGGAGUCCCAGCCUGACAUUUUAAUGGACAUUAAAGGACGGAUUGGAUCAAGCGAAAGUCUUAACCAUGGCAACAAUGGUCAGCCGUUGUCCACUUGGGCACAUGGACUGAGCCUGAAGAGGAAUGAAGAGCAGACGACCACCACUGUUUAGAUUGUCAGAAAGAACAGUAGGAAUAGAACAUGAAUGAAAAUUCCUUAAAAUAUCAACAGGAAUUUUAAAGGCAGUAGAAAGGACAGCAUAGCAAGUGUCUGUUCUUCAUAUUCCUCAAAAGAGGUAGGGAUAUUGUUAGGUUUAGUUUGGGAGAAAGUACAUAUCGCAAUAAGGGCUGGUGGUGUAUUUUACUGUGGCCAAGAUGCACAUAGGUGCAAUCUGUGCAGUCGCUUUUAACUGCAAGAACUGCUUUAAAAGUUUUGGGUGAUGAUUGAUCCAGAAGUUGUUAAGGGUAAAGGUGCUUUAAACAGCAGGACAUGAAGGAGCAUUUUCUUUAUGGAGCUUUCAUAACUGCAGGACUAAAAAAAGAGUUGUCAUUUAGUUUGCUGAAUGUUGCUUCAAAAACUGGAACCGCAGCAAAGGAAUAAACUGCCAGGCAAUGGACAGCUUACAGUAAAAAGAAUAUAAUUUUUGAAUAGUUUAUAGUGUUAUUAGAGCAUAUUUACACAUGCAUAUAAGUAUCUGUAUUUUCCCAUUGAUGUGUUAACGGUUUUCUAAAGAAGUGAAGGAGCUCUCAAAUUCACAUUGGUAAAUGCUUCCCACUUUGCCCUCAUUCUUUUUCUCUGGUGGCCAUAUUUGAUAGAUAGACACAUUUGAAUCAAAAUGGAAUGGAGCAGAAGCAAGUUGUCUUGGACAUGAUAGUAUUACAUGACGUCUGCGGGAAUGACAUAUGAGCCUGUGGUAGCUCUUUGACCACACGACCCAUACAAACCAAUCACAAAUGUCAUUGUUUCCCAACUCAUUGGUCACAUGGUUCAUUUGAACCAAUCACAGUGCCCUUGCUAUCAUGAAAAUUAAAAAUGCUUCAAUCCAAAAGGUGAAGUGCAAUUGAUUAAACUUUUUUUCGCAUUUAAUUUCAAAAUCUCUAUUGGUAUAAAAAUGUGUUUCAUUUUAUAGCGUGCAUCAUCGAAUAUCAAGUCUGCUUUCAUUUAAAAGUAGUUUUUUAAAGAUUAGUGUAUAAAAAAAUGAUACAACAUGUAGCACAUAUCUUGUUUCUUCCCUUACUUAAAUUAGUGUAUUCUCAUAUAAAAGUGCAUUCACAUGAUGAUGAAGACUAUUAUAAACUAAAAAUAAGUCUGAAAAGGGGUUCCUCACUUACCCUUUCCAACAGAUGAUGUAAAUUAGGCCUAUUUUCUUGUUUUGAGUGAAUAGAAUAUGAUGAGAAGUCCUGGAAAGGACAAGAAAUGAUGUAACAAUGGGCACAAUCUAUAGUACCUCCAUCCUUCUUAUUUUAUACUUUUCUAAAGACAUUCCUAUAUAUCUGUUUUCUUUAAUAGAGCCUUGCUUUGAAAGUAGUUGGAGAUGGCUUUUAGAUAAUACAUUUCUGAUCUCAAAUUUAUAUAUUUUAUCCUCUGGACUGUACAGAAAAAAUAUUUUACUUGGUCUUGUAUAAUAAUAUGAGUUCACAUUUCUAACUAAUUUCGCAACACCUCUUUCACUUUUUUCCUCAUUGAACCUCUUUCCCCAAAAAAUUUUGAACAGUUACUAUAUUUCUUACCCACAACUAAAUGCCUGAGCCAUCCGCUAUGUUGUAACAUGUAAGUCCAUAUACCAGCCAUGUGCUGACUGUUAAAGAAUAUUCAAAGAAUUUCUUUUAAUCAUGUUGAGGAUUUCAUGAAUAUUCUUUAAUAUAACUAUUUACAAAUCCAGUGAAACAAUUUGCAUAAGUGUUGACUCUGCUAUCAGUGGCGGUUUAGUGGAUUGUAUUUUCUAACCUAAAGCUUUGUAAAGUGUAACCCAUAUACAUAUUAUUUUGUACUGUUAGUUUUAUGUGCCAUGAAUGAAUGCUUCUACGCCAAGAAUAUUAAUCAAACUUGUUAACAACAUCAGUUAUUAUGGUUUCUACAAUUUGUUCAAAUGCAAAUAUCCUUUUAACUUAUUCUUACUGGAACUUGUCUUCUCUCUCUAUAUAUAUAUAUAGAGAGAGACAGAGAGUGAGAGAGAGAGUUGAUGAACACAACUUGUCAGCAUUUCGCUAUAAGAAAAGAUUCGACUUAAACUGCACUGUUAUUUGACCUGACAAGUUUCAGUAAGAGUAAGUUGAAAGGUUAACAGUAUUUGUAUUGGAGGGUAAUGUUUUAUUUUCACAAUGGCAUGAAAUAAUUAAAAUAAUGUUGAUUGACGAAAAAAUUCUCCCCCUCCAUGUACUAGAACAGAAUAAUAUAUUUCAAUUUCUAUUAUAUCAUAUAUUUGUAUAUUUUCUGAUAGGCAUGUUUUCAAAGUAAUGUAUCAAGAUGGAUAGUACUGAGAAUUGAAUGGGGGUCAUCCAAGAUAGUCCAGAGUUUUGAAUUUUGCGUAAGAUCAAGCUAGACUGAACAUGAUUUGCAGGAGAAUGAGGUCAGAAAAAGUUUCGCCUUUAUUGCUUUAAAGUUCACAUGAUUUCUGGUCGUGUACAAUGACAUGCAGUGCCAAAAGCCUAGUUUCAGUCUAUCUGAGAUGAUCCUCAUUAAAAUUCCAGGAAAGGUGACAACAGCAUUUUUGUUAAGACUGUCAAUUAAUUUUUUUUUUAUAUAUAACGUGCCAGAAAUGUUGUCACAAGUCGCCAAAUUAACUUUUUGCUUCUCCUCUACUGCAAAUUGUAUAUUACAAGUAUGAUGAUGUGUAUCCAGAAAACUGAAUCAGAUGUGUUUUGUAAAUAUUUUACCUUAACUGUAUACUUACAAUUUUAUACAUAUUAUUUUAUGAACCUCAGUGCAUUUAGAUUUGCCAGAGAUCAUGAAACAAAGUGGGGUCAAAUAUUUGUUUAUGGGGGAUAUCUGGAAAGAGAAAUUAAAUACACUCCAUAAUAAUUUUAUAUAAUAUAUAUGUGAUUAAAAAUUCAGUUAGCUAGUGAAAUAUUAUGACUUUAAAAUGUUUUAUAAUAUAUAUGUGUGUGAUGAUUAAAAGCUAUAGAUAAUUAUAAAGUAGGAGUUUCGUAGAUGAAACCUGACUGAAGUAGUCUUUCAACUAUGUUACUCAUAUCACUCAGAUAAACGUGUUAAUACUACACCAAUUUCUGUAUUGCUUAUCAUUUUGCUACAUCAUGGUGCAUGCUAUUCAGAAGAGCUUCCCUAUAAAAAGUGUUAUAUAUUAUGCCAUGCCAUUUAUGCUGGGAAACUUGUGUUUGAUACCCUAAAUUUGUGUUAUUGAGUCCCGUGUUAAUGGCAUUCUGUAAUUUAGACCAAAUCACAUGGUUAUGUAGUUACUCCAUGAUGGAUCGAAGCAGAUGGAUCUGUUUACAUUUGUUGACUUUGGACCGAAGAAUGUCCUACUUUCCAUCAAUAAGCAUUCAGAUUCACUUUGACUAAGUGUAAGUUUGUCGGUUUACGAUGCCAGUAGGAUAUAUCUGAUUUGAAGUGGUCCUGUGUAAAACAGACUUGGAACAAAAAUGCUGGGAUUUGGGGAUAACACAUCAAUUUUUUUAACUUAGCUUAACAUUUGCUGAGGUGAAAAGUUUAACUUUCAAAUCUAUAUAUAUAUAUAUAUAUAUAUACAUAUAUAAAGUGGUUGGAAAACAUCCUUGACUGUCACAUUUUAAAACUUUAGUAUGCUUUAUAAAAAUAAAUUCCAUUUCCAAUCAUCAUUGAAAGGUCUAAAUUAUGUGUAUUGUAUUUCACUAUGCAUACCAGAAAAAGCUGUUGCCACAGCAGAAAGGUUUAAAAAGUUAAUUUAUCAAAAGAGCAGUCUACUUUUUGUAACGUGAUAUAUUGUAAAAGGCUUAAGUACUGAAUAUGUGUUGGUAUUUCUGUUUUUCAUUCACUUUCUUCAGUGAUAUUCGCUACCACAGCAAUAGUUUAUUACUAUUCCACUGACUUUUCAACAUGUAGUCAUUUUCUUUGGUUCUUUCCUUCUGGUAAAGAUUGCAUGACUUGAUAAUUUAAAGUCAGUAUUGGAUGUCUGUGGUAAAUAAUAAUCACCAACUUGUGAGAGUGACAUUUUUUUAAAAAAAUAAAAGUCUUUCUAAUAAAUCAAUUUUAAAACUUGUGU